CACCCACGGUGCAAUAAUGUCACUUAUGCAUUUUAUGUUAAAAUAAACUGAGUACGCAAAAAGUUGUCUAAAGUCCCUCUGCACUUGGAGCGUUAUUGUCACUUUUGUAGUACGUUUAGUUUCCGUGUGAGGGCAGAAGUGUCUUUAUGGUUUUGGCGCGAAUGCACGGGUCACCGGGAGAAAUAAUGUCUCAUUGGUCAGUUGCGUGCAGCGCCCCGCACGAGCAGGAGUCUCUUGGUGCUAUAACGACACUAAGAUCAACAAUGCUGCCACGUGGUAAAAAACUUGUGCUACUUGCACGAUCAAGUAGCAAUUUAAGUUAUAAUUCUAGAGAGCAAACAGCAUCAAAUGAUACCAUUCCGACCGCACCAGUAAGAACACUACCAGAAGAACAUUACACUGUUAUAAUUCAUCAAAGCAUUACGGAACAUGCACCAGCAACCAGCAGCAGUACUAUUCUGGAUGAGCCACUAGCACUACCUUCACUGCAAAAUGAGACUAUUAUAUCACGCCCAAACUCGCCGUCUAUUUUAGGUGACAAUGAUGUUAUCCAUGAACAGGAAAACCAGCUAAUGGUUAAUUUUUCCGGAACCGAUUCUAGUGACGAGUUUAGGCCUAGUCCUAAUAAGUCUUCAUCCGAUAGCUCCAGUAGUAGUUCCAGUAGUAGUUCCAGUAGCAGUUCCAGUAGUCAAUCGUCCGAUGAUAGUAGUUCUGAUAACAACGAUGUUGAAAAUGAGACCAGCCAUCCACCAAACCUAGCACCUAAACCGAAAGGAAGGAAACGAAUUCGUAAUCCAACAACCUGGAAAAAGAACAUCGCGAAACGAUUAAAAAAUUCUGGCCAAGGCUAUACUUCAAUAAAAACUAAAAAAGAAAAUUCUGCUAAGAAAAUGGGUCCCGUAUGCUCAAUAAAAUGUCGGCUGUCAUGUUCAUCGAAAUUUAAUGAAGAAAAGAGAAAUGAAAUUUUUCAGUCUUAUUGGCAGUUGGGAAGUUUAGAGAGACAGCGAGAUUUUUUAAAUAAUUGUACGAGACCACUGAAAUGUGCAUACCGUCGCAUAAAGACAAAUAAUAGGAAAUACGAGAGGAAAGAAAAUACUGCAUUUUACUUACUUAAUGAAAACAAAGACAUCCGCGUCUGCAAAACUUUUCUGAUCAAUACUUUAGGCAUAACACAAAGGAUUAUAAGAACCGUUAUUGAUGGCAAAGCACGCUCCGAUGGUUUUAUUCCAACAGAUUUACGUGGAAAACAUGGAAACCAAUGCACAUUAGAUCCAGACGUAAUACAAGCUGUAAAAGAUCAUAUAGAAUCAAUUCCAAAAGUAGAAAGCCACUAUCUCAGGGCUAGUACGAGUAGAAUGUUUAUUGAUGGUGGCUUAUCAGUUGCAGAGUUGCAUAGAAACUAUAUAAAAAUUCAAAAAGAACAGCAGAAGCCAUUUGUAAAUUACGAUGCAUAUUCACGAAUAUUUAACUGUGAUUUUAAUAUUGGUUUUUUUAAACCAAAAAAAGAUCGUUGCGACCAGUGUGAGGCAUAUGAAAAUGCUCCGGCAGAAGAAAAAAAUAAUUUACAGGCCAGCUAUAAGCUACACCAUGAAGAAAAAAGCUUAAGCAGACUUGAAAAAGACAAAGAUAUGAAACGAUGCCACGAGCCCGGGGACACAUCAAUUGUUAUCACUUAUGACUUACAAGCUGUGAUGCCUUGCCCUGUAGGAAAUUCGUCAGCUUUUUACUACAAGUCUAGAUUGAAUUGUUACAAUUUCACUAUGUCAAAUGCGAAAGACCAUGAAACAACGUGUUUUUUUUGGCAUGAAGGCUUGGGCAACAGAGGAGCCAUUGAAAUCGGAUCAUGCGUGUAUGUAUACUUAAAGGACAUUGCUGUAAAAUAUCCAGGGUCGGACGUGAUUUUCUACUCAGACAAUUGCUGUGGUCAGCAUAAAAACAGAUUCGUAUUUGCGAUGUACUACUAUGCAGUUACAACGUUAAAUAUAAAUUCGAUCCAACAUAGCUUUUUGAUUCGCGGACAUACUCAAAACGAAGGCGACACAGCCCAUUCAGUUAUUGAAAAAGCCAUUACCAAGGCCAAAAAUCAGGCCCCAUCUAUGUUCCUGAUCAAUACAUAUCCCUAAUACGCGGGGCAAAAAAGACUGGUAAACCAUUCGUAGUGAAAGAAAUGACCUAUAAGGAUUUCUUCGAUCUCAAAUCAUUAGAAGUUAAAUUAAAUUUUAACAUGACAAAAAAAUAUUAAUGGAGAUGUAAUUAGAGUAAGUGACAUAAAAAGUAUUAAGUUCUCUAAAAAUAACAGAAAUUAUAAAUAUCGCACAACUUAUAAGACUGAAUUGUGGGACGAGGCAAAUGCUAGAAUAGAACCAAGAAGAAAGAAUUUACGCGGGAAUAAAACAAACAUCCAAAGCAUAGACAAGAUUUCUUUGAAACCGGCGUACUCUUCGAAGAUCCCAAUUCCAAAUCGCAAGACGCGUGAUCUUAUGCAACUAGUCGAAACAAAUAUUGUUCCACGUUAUUAUGAAAAAUUCUACAAAGAUCUAAUUUAAUUUUUCUAAUUCUAUACUAGCUAGGCGAGUAAUUAGUAUCUAAUUGAUUUUUGAUUUAUUCUUACUAAAUACAAAGUUUCUGUAAUUUAAUUAAAUAAAAA